CACAUUUUUUAGUCAACACCGAGACGUCAUACCGCAUUGUUCUUGUUCCGAAGCACAAACACACGAUAUUAAAAUAUUUACAGAUAUUUUAUUUUAUUUAUUUUUUCUGUCGUUCCAAAAUUUUUUUUUUUUUGAAAAAUCCGAAAUAAUCAAAUAGAAUUUUCGGUGUAUUUUUGUUUGUUUGUUUUUUUUCAUGAUUUUUCAUUUCGUUUUCUGGCUUCAAUGUUGAUGUGAAGGAAAUUGUGUAAGCAACAAAAAUUAUAUAUAUUUUUCCGAUUGUGUUGUAAAAAUAAUCAAAAAAUAAAUCCGCAAAAGAAAAAUUCAAUCUAAAACGGAAAAAAGGGCAAACUUUGUUUAAUGCCCGUUGUGGAGGAGGUCGAGAUUGUGUGUUUACAUUGUGCUAUUUUAUUGUUGUUGCAAGUUCCAUUGUGUUUAUUCCCUCCAGUUUUUUUUUUUUUUUCUGAAUAAACGAGAUUUAUAAUCAAAAAUAAGAAAAACGGAAUUUAUUUUUUUGAUUUAAUUCGAUUCGAAAUUCGAUUUGUAAAAAUUUAUUUAAAUGAAUUUAUUUUGUGCGAUCAGAGGUUAAAAGUUGUAAUCACGAUCAAUUGAUCGUAAAACCGCGAUCUUGUUGGGAAGUUCUGUCUGUGUAACUAAUUUUUGGAGUGAUCAAGUUUUUCUUUUCACGUUUUGUUGUUGUAACUCAAACAGUUAUUUGUAAGAGGUUUGAUGCUGGAAAGGGCUUUGACAACAUAAAUCAAUUCGGUAUUAAGGAAAAAAAAUAGUGAUCAAGGGGGCGGGGGGCUCUCGUUUAAUUUUGUUUUGUUGCUUGGAAAAAAAAACAAUCGCAAAACAUUUUUUUAAGUAGUGGAUUACCUUGAAACGAGCUCGGAGACAUAACAUCACAAUUUGGAUUAAUUACCUAUUUCAUCAAUCAAAAAUAAUAUUGCCGCAGAAGGAGAACAAUUUUUUCAAUUUUGUUUGUUUCAAAAUUUGUCUAGAAGCAUGUUUAAGAAUUGCAGACAACUAAAAUCAGAAACAAUACAAAAGGACUAUACAAACUUGCCUUAAAUGAAAUGAAAGGACCCAAAUAAUACUUGCCCUAUUAUUAGCAGUGCAAUCAACUUAAUAAAUCAAUACAAAUACAAAGGACAUCGAUAAGAAAAAACAAAUACAAAAAAAAAAAACUCAAAAUGUUGCUUGAUAUAAGUAAACUUUUACUCUUAAUUCUACAAAUCAUCACAACAACAACACUCAUUCAUAUAAUUCUACUUACAACCUAUUGCUCCAGUGUAAAUACCCUACCAAUAACCUCAAAACCCAUUGAGAGUACGGCCGAAAAUUUAGCAUGGGAAGCCUGGCUAAUGGUCCCCGUAGGUCAGCAACAAAAAUCCCGAAAAGUCACACCCAAAUCGAUAUUUAUUGUCCCACAUAAGAAUAAUCAGACUUCAACAUGUCCACCGGGUGAACAUUGGUCACAAAAUCGUUGCAUACCCACCGUGAAUAUUGACACCGAUAAGGCAUUACUCAAUCAAUUGAGUCACUUGGCACCAUUCUCAUUGGACUAUGAUUAUGAUUACGAAGAAGAAGGAAAUCUAACACCUGGAGCUGAGAAAUUGGAAGGAAGUGCUGAUACAAAUCCGUUUUCUGUUGGUGAAUUUGUUGAUGAACCAUUAAAGUUCAAUAUUUUCAGUGAAACUUUCCCAAUUGGUUCGAGUGGAUCGGGAGAUUCUAGUGGUUCAAAGGAUUCAGAGGAUGAUAAUGUAUUUUUUGUGAGUGAUCGUCGUCGUCGACCACCAACUCCACCAGAGAUUUCUCUUCCCGAUUUGGAUACCGAUAGCUCAAAUUAUGGUCCAAGUAAUCAAAGUGGCAAUAAUGGAGACGGAUCAAGUUUGUUUUUGAGUGGAAUCGAUGCUAUUCUUGUACCAGCAGUUUCUGAAAAUCAAGGAAAAGAUCAAAAUAUGAGUUUUUCCAUCUAUCAGGAACCAAUAAAUUCAACUGUAUCGUCUUUAACCAGUCCAUCUGAUGAUGAAAGAAAUCAUGAACUUGAUGAAAUUCUUGAAAAUGAAUCAUUGAUUUUGGAUAGAAAUGGCGCCCGGGUAAAUAUCACUUCCAUUUUAACAUCAACUACAACCGAAAAAAAUGAUGCCAAAUUGUCGAGUUCUACAAACUGGGAAACUACAACUAUGAAACUGGAAGAAGAGUAUGAAGAUGCUGAAAGUAAGACCGAGUUUACAAGAAGUGUCACAGAUCUUCCACCGAAUGAAGAAGAAACUUCGCAACCAACAAAUUUUGAGAAAGAUUCAACGAGUACUGUAGUUGUACCAAAAGAAGAUACCACUUUGAUCACUGAGCCAAAAGAAGACAUCACAACUAUUACAUCACCAAAAGAAGAACUCACAACGAUAGAAAUCACAUCUUCUAAGGAAGCAGAUAUCACCACGAUCAGUACUUUGCCAAAUGUGGAAGAAACAACUACGAUCACUGUAGCCAAGGAAGAAAUUGUAGGAAGUCCUAAAGAAGUGAUUACUACAACAGAUUUACCAAAGGAAGAGACUUCGGAAAGUGAAGAUCCCCCAACGAUCAAUGAAGAAACCGAUCUUCUUCCAAAACCAAGUGAUUCUAACGAUCGAUUUGUAUAUCACCAGCUUACUGAAGAAGAUGCCCUCCCCCAAGUGAUAAAUAUUGUUGAAGAGCUAAGGAAGAUCAAUGAUCUUGUUGCCAGAAAUAGUCGACCAACAACAACAACACCAAUACCAUCAGCAACUACAACAACAACAAUACAAACCCCCAGUGAAGAAGGAAUUACAAACCAAAAUGAUCUUCUAUCGAAGAUCAUCUUCCCAACGAAUACAAUCAAAACAUCUUCAGAAGAUCCAGUACCACCGACAAGCACAUCAACAGUCUGGAGUAGCAACAGUACCAGUAGAAAUAUUUUAAGCAAAAAUAGUAGUAGUAGUAGUAGUGGAAGUAGCAGCAUGAGCACAGUUUCUUCAACGGAAGAAAGCCAAGAAUCCACAUCGGAUCCAUCAUCUUCCACAUCACAAAAGCCCGAAAUCAACGAACCAGAUCCAUAUUGGUGGUUACCAAGUGGUUGGUCUACAGAACGUACCGAAGCCGAUCGACCUUUAUUACUGAGAUUUUGGUCCGCUAUUUCGGGCAUAAGUGGAAGUCAAACCAAAGUUUAAUUACAUUUUGUAAUAAUAAUUAUAAAUAUAUUUUACAAAUAAAAUUUAAAAAAAAUACACAAAAUAUAAACAAAAAAAUAAUAAUUAAUUUAAAUUACAAAAUAAAUAUUAAAAUGCAUGCAAUGUAUGUGUAAUCAAAGCCAAAAGUCAUGAGAGUUAUUCUUAUAUUUUCUCUCAUGACAGAUAGAAACUUAGUAAAUAAAAUUUUAUUUAUAUUUAAAAAAAAACAAAAAAUUAGCAUUUAAUUGUAAAAUUUAGAGAAUCCAAGUAGAAACCGAAAACAACAUUAAAAAAUCUUUUCUAAUUAAUUCAAUAAUUAAAUUAAUGUUUUAAUAACAUGGGAGAGCAUUUUUUUUUUCUGUAGUAAUUCAAAAAAAAAUAAAUAAUCAUCAUCGACCAGUAUCAAUGUGUAGAAUUUUACUCGUAUGUAGUUGUUGUCAAAAAUAAUUAAAUAACCAUUAAUAGGAAAACAGAUCAAUUUUUUAGAUCAUAUUUUAUCAACAAUCCAUAUUUAAAUUCUUAAUCCUCUUGUUUAUUUUUUUUUUUAUUUUUCAAAAUAAUCCACUAACAUCACUUAGAAAAAAAAAAUAGGAUACAGAGGACUUUAUUUGAGUAUACUUGGUUUACCAUUAAUUUUCUGUUUGGAAAUUCUGUGCUAAGCUUAAGAGUUUUUAUUAUCUUCUCCGAUAUUUUGAAACACAAAUUUAAAAAACAAACAAAACGCAAUUUAAAAUAAUGUGCAAAUUUUAAUUUUUUACAAUUUUUUAAGCUUAGUUUUAAUGAUAAAUGAAACAAAUAAAACAAAACAAAAUAAAAUAAAAAAAAAUUGAAAAGGAAAUU